GAAAGCGCAAUUCAGAGAAAUUGCCAAUCAACUGCAAACUUGUCGCGGCGCGUGAUUGAAAUCGCAAGCUGUGACCCACCAUCCUCCAUAUCACAAACUGGUUCCGUCCUUGGUCCAUCCCAAGAUACAGACGGAUAUCCCAGUAUUCCAUCUUAUUCCCAUUAUUCGCCAAGUAUUACUCCUUGUUGACGGCGUCGACAGGAUGAAUUCUCUGGCCUACCUGUCGCGCCAGUUUGACGUCCUUGCCUCCGUCAGGACGCCGCCGUCGACACCGACGUCCGAGCAUCAGUCCUUACACCCCGACAGACGAUGCCAUUCGUCCGCUACGGAGUCGCCGCUGCCGCAUGUGAAGCCUUGGUCUACAAAGUCGUUCCUCUUUUCCCCCCAGCCAAACCCUGCCCCAGCCCCAACGAAACGUUCGUAUCCGUCUCGUUUCAUAUCCUUUCCCAACCGAGCUGCCCGUCCUCACCCAGAUUCAUCCGCCACUGUCUCUAUAGAGAUGCAGGUCGUACCAAAGCAGACCUUCCACACACUGUUCAACCGCACAUUCUUCGUUCGGGUCCUCCUCCUCGCCUGGGAUGCCCUCCAGACCGUCUGGACGUCGUGGAUUGAAUCACGCGCGCUCCACGGCCAGCCGAUGAUGUCCAUUCAGGUCGUCGCCGCGUCGCCGGAGAAGGACAGCACAGAUGAAGACACCGAUGAUACUUCUCCUCGUCUGGAUCUCCUGCCAGCUAAGCCAGCGCCACCUCUCCUUCAAUCUUCUCUCUUUCCGUCCGUCAAUCAUUCAUACAUCCAUUCGACCCUUCUCCUCGAUGCCAAGUCUUCGUCUUCGCCGACAUCUACCCCCCAACCGCCAGAGAUCCCUUCGGCCACUCAUUCACGCUCAUCAACACCCAGCCUUACCACCCGAAAGACCCCAUUCCAUCUCCCAAAAACUCUCGUUCUUGAUCUCGAUGAAACUCUGAUUCACUCAACAUCACGCCCUAUGCCUUCUUCGUCCAGUGGCUCCGGGUUUUUCGGCCUGAGCACCUUUACCAGGCGGAAUAAGAGCUCUGGGCAUGUGGUGGAGGUCGUUAUGGGUGGCCGCAGUACCCUCUAUCAUGUGUACAAGAGGCCAUUUGUAGAUUUCUUUUUGCGCACGGUCUCGGGAUGGUACACGCUCGUCAUAUUUACUGCAUCAAUGCAAGAGUACGCGGAUCCUGUCAUCGACUGGCUAGAUGCUGGCCGGGGGAUACUUUCAAAUCGCUUAUUUAGAGACUCAUGUACUCAGCUGCCUAAUGGUUCCUAUACGAAGGACCUUUCAGUUGUCGAGGGUGACCUUGCACGGGUCUGCCUCGUCGACAACUCACCUAUAAGUUACCGUGUCAAUGAAGCUAAUGGAAUACCGAUAGAAGGGUGGACUCACGAUCCUUCAGAUGAGGCCUUACUUGACCUCCUUCCUGUUCUUGACUCUCUACGAUUUACAUCGGACGUUCGUCGUGUGCUAGGCCUCCGUUGUGUAGGAGGUUCCUCAUGAUGCUUUAAUCAUAUUAACUCUGUAGAAUUAUUAUCUGGGUGCUACUCUUCUUCCUUCGCAUUUCAAUUAUAGCGUGUUCGGGCAUCUUCAUUGUCGAUACCAACAGCAAAGACAGCAACGUCCAUAACUUAUGUAAAUCCUGUACAUCAAAAUGUAUCCGCUUCACCUUGUCCGAAAUUCGCUUCCUCAAUAUCGUUUCUUCGAAUAUACAAUGGUGUGUGUA